UACUACGUUCGCGAGAAACGUCGUGUUGUCGUCCAUGUUUAUGUUUUAUUGUGAAAUUGCGGUGUAAAGUUGAACGUAAAAUCAAUCGACGCGUAUUCGUGAGUGAUAACUGAAAAGUUCUUGAUAAAUUGUGAUCGUAUCUUGAACGACAUGGAAUUUCCCAAGUUGUGGGAAAGCGACAAAGAGUAUAAACCCCUUCGUCACCCUUCGAGCAAUGACAAAAACCAUUUAACGGAUUCGUCGAUGUCCAGUGAUGGAGAUUAUUGCAACUCUUCCAAAACUCCGCUUAGAGCGGAAGCUAAAGAAUGGUUUCCUAGGGGUUACACCCCUCAACAACAAACACCGCAUGUCGCUUCAGGUCAUUCAAUAGAUGAUCGUCUUAAAAAAAUUAGAUUGGGCGAACCUCCCAGUGAACCAGAUCCAGCUUUUGACCAAUCUCAUUUGGAAUCAAUACUUCAAAGUUUAACUUACGAUCCUGGACAGUUUGAUAAUUUGUUAGAAACACUUAUGGACCUUCUUGAACCACAUUUUUCUGAUGUGAAUAUCUCUCAGGUUGCUGCGGAUAUGGUCUUCCAGUACGCUGUGAUGGAAGCAAGUUUUAGGUAUAAUGCGGCGAGAAUAUGUUGUAUUGUUGAUGAACAGUCUCCAAUCUUUCGAUCUCAUUUACAUAUUCUUUGUGAAAAAGAACUUCAAACUAACACCAAUGGACAAGGUCUUACCUUGUUUUUGGCUGAGUUAUACAUGCAGUUAAAUUAUGAAAGUAUACAUGAGAGAUUUUUGAUAUUAUCCAUUGAGAAUCUUUUAAAAAUGGGGCAAGAAGAAGAUCUGAAAUGUGUUUGUAAGGCUUUAAAGUUGACUGGAUAUUCUUUGGAAGAAAAUUAUUCUCAAACAUUAGAUGGCAUUUUUGCAAAACUUGAGCAACUCAAACCAACAUUUUCUCAAUCGUUGAAUAAUAUUGUUGAGUCAACAGUUAAUUUGCGCAAGAAUCAUUGGGGACGCAAUACUAAUUCAAAUAGCACCCAAGAACAAAAUGGGGAAACUCCCGUUACCCUAGAUGUUGACUCAAUUUGUUAUGGUCCGGAUGGUCAAGAAAUAACCACAGAAGAACACGAGUUUCUGUGUGCAAAUAUCGACGAUUAUUUAGCUGAUGAAUCAUCUGAUCCGGAUGAUCUUUUUGAUCCAGAACCAGAAAUGGAUGCUGAAAUACAAGAAGCAUUCCGCGAGUUUGUAAAAAUGGGUAAACGAUAGAUUGGUGUUUUGUUUUAAAAAUAAAAUGAUGACAUGAUUGUGUAAGUUUGUCUUUUUGCCACAAAAAAAGGACUAAAAUUCUUGUUUUGCUUUGUUUGCUUCAAAGAGCACCAUGUAGUUGUUUAAAAAUCCAACUAAAAAUAAUUAUACAAUAUACAUACUGUAUUGAAAGUAAAUUGAAUGUAGAUGUAAGUUUUUAUAUGUUUAUAAAGUGAAAAAAGUAAAAAAAAAAAUCGUGUAGGAUGUAUAUUAAUCUGAAUAUGAAAUGGAAAAUAAAAUAAUAAUGGUUGUGAUAUGUUUCAUGAUUAAUAUCGUGAUGAUAUUUGAGAGUGGUGUUUACAAGUUUCGUUGUAAAAUAUUCUAUAUGAGUAACAUAUUAUUCAGUACAGUUUCUUUUUUUAAUUGUUAAAAAGUCAUUUUGUGUUAGUAUUUCGAGUUCUUGUGGGUAACGUUAAAAUAUAUUACUUACCGCCCAUGUACCUAUUUAUUAAUGAGUGUAUAAUAAAAACGCAUUUGUAAAUAUAAA